AAUUGAACACUCCUAAAAACAAAGUUGCACACUUUCAUACUCUCUCUCUCUCUCUCUGAAACCAAAACACUUUCACUUUCACUUUCACUUUCACUUCUUCUUCUUCUACAUCUAUGGAGUACAAAACGAGAAUAACAUUCUCAGAAUCCUUUGUAUCACACAGAAGAAAAGUGUUAUCUGGUUUCACUUUAGGUCUUGUAGCUUCUCUCCUUUUUCUAACUCUUCUCUUCUUUAACUCUUCAUUCAAAUUUCCCAAACUCCAACUCUCUCUUCAACGAUCUCAAUCCAAUCCAAACUCUUCAUGGCAUUUCCCUUUUUCCACCAACAAUUCAAUCACUCCUCUUAACACAAUUCAUGAAAACCCACAGAAUAUGAAAACCCGUGAAGUGAAUGUCUCAAAUGAGGGUUUUAACAAUACCCAUUUGGGAAAUCUUACUGAAAAUGCAAAAGAUCGAAAUGGGGUUGAUAAAUUUGGAAACUUGUUUAUUGGGAAAAAUGAAGUGAAUGUGUCAAAUGAGGGUUUUGAGAAGACCCAUUUGGGGAAUGUUAGUGAAAAUGCAUUGGAUCAUGAUGGGGUUGAUAAAGUUGGAAACUUGUUUAUUGGGAAAAGUGUGAUUGAUGGAAUUGGAAAUUCAAGUGAAUCAGAGAAGAGGAAUGAGAAAGUUGGGGUUUUUGAUUAUGAAAAGUGUGAUAUAUUUGAUGGGAAUUGGGUGAAAGAUGAUUCAAAACCAUAUUAUCCUUUGGGUUCUUGUCCAUUUGUUGAUAGGGAUUUUGAUUGUCAUCUUAAUGGGAGACCUGAUAGUGAUUAUGCGAAAUGGAAAUGGAAGCCAAAUGGAUGUCACAUUCCAAGUUUGAAUGCAACUGAUUUUUUGGAAAAGUUGCGAGGACAGAGGUUGGUUUUCGUUGGGGAUUCACUGAACAGGAACAUGUGGGAGUCCAUGGUGUGUAUCCUACGUCAAAGCAUCAAAGACAAGAAGCGUGUUUAUGAAAUUUCAGGAAAACAUGAAUUUAAAAAGAAAGGUGUCUAUGCUUUCCGAUUUGAGGAUUAUAAUUGUUCAGUCGAUUUUGUGAGUUCACCAUUCAUUGUUCAAGAGUCAACUUUCAAAGGCGUAAAUGGAACUUUUGAGACAUUAAGAUUGGAUUUAAUGGACAAGACAACUACCACAUAUCAUGAUGCUGACAUCAUAGUCUUCAAUACAGGACAUUGGUGGACCCAUGAGAAAACAUCUAAGGGAGAAGACUAUUAUCAAGAAGGCAACCAUGUAUACCCAAGACUCAAAGUUCUGGAUGCCUAUAGAAGGGCAUUGACCACUUGGUCUAGAUGGAUUGACAACAAUAUUGAUCCAAAUCGAACACAUGUUUUCUUCAGAGGAUACUCAGUUACUCAUUUCAGGGGUGGGCAAUGGAAUUCAGGAGGACAGUGCCACAAGGAAACCGAACCAAUAUAUAAAGGAGCUCACUUACGGAAAUAUCCCUCGAAAAUGAGGGUUCUAGAUUAUAUCAUCCCAAAGAUGAAAACUCCAAUUAUUUAUAUGAACAUAAGUAGGAUGACAGAUUACAGAAAAGACGGUCAUCCUUCGAUAUACAGAAUGGAAUACAAGACAGAAGCAGAACGAACCACCGCGGAGCAACAUCAAGAUUGUAGCCAUUGGUGCUUACCAGGAGUACCAGAUACAUGGAACGAAUUACUCUAUGCCUCUCUCUUAAAAUAUGGUAAAGGUCAUUGGAAAAGCUGAGCAAAACUCGUAAAAAUCUUCUCGUACCACGAUUCUGGUUCAUUGUACACGUUCAGUUCAAGAUUCAACACAUGUAUAUUCCUUGUGUAGAUGAUUAAUUAGAGUGACUAGUUUAUAUGUAUUUUGUGUAUUCAUCUAGUUGAAAACACAUUUUGUUUGUCAUAAUAUUAUUACCAUGAAAGUUGUAGAAUUUGUUGAUCAAAGGCUUGAUUUGAUUCAUUGCA